AGGUGAGCCAGCGUAUCCAGACAGCGCACCCUAGUGGCCGUCAGGUCAUGCUGCACUACCUUCUACCUUGGAUGAACAACGUGGAGCUGGUCGAGUUCAAAUCGACCACACGGCGACCAGAGGAUGGUGGCAGCGGGGAGGAAGUGGAAGACGUCCACGACCAGGAGAUGAUGAUGGUCAACAGUCGCCGCUGGCUCCGUGGAGAGGGCUGGGGGUCCCCUCGUGCAACAACCAUGGUGCUAAACAACCUCAUGUUUAUGACAGCCAAGUAUGGAGAUGAGUUUGCUUGGUCAGAAAUUGAGAAUGUGUGGAUAACGUUGGCAGACAGUUGGCCAAAGAACCUCAGAAUCAUUCUGCACUUCCUCAUCAGUAUGUCAGGGGUCAACAGUGACCCUAGCCUCCUGCCCUAUGUGAAACGAGUGGUGGUUUARCUGGGCAGAGAUAAAACUAUGCAGCUGCUGGAGGAAUUGAUGUGGGAGCUUCAGCUGACUGAGCCCGUCAGCUCAGCUGUCACUCACAUGGACAAUCCCCCUUAUUACCGCAUCACCUCCAGUUACAAGAUCCCCUCAGUUACCUCAGGAACAACAUCCAGCAGCAACACCAUGGUGCCAGGAAAUGAUGGUCAUCAUGACAGCAAGACCAAAGACUCUAACAUGGAAGACAGUUACACCCAUCUGGACAUCUACUCGGGUCUGAACAGCAAUCUGAACCGCCAGCACCACCGUCUGGAAUCUCGCUACAGCAGCAGUUCUGGAGGUUCCUAUGAAGAUGAAAAGAGUGACUCCAUGCCGCUUUAUGCAAACUGGCGUUUGAAAGUGAUGGAUCACAACCAGCCAGAGCCUCUCCCCUUCCCUCCAACAGGGGGCUGCUGGGCCCCUCUAGUGGACUAUUUACCAGAGACUAACACACCUGCCAUACCYCUUCACAGGUGUAAUAUUGCCAUCAUCCUGCUGACAGAUCUUAUUGUUGACCAUGGGGUCAAAGUAGAGUGGACUGCCUAUGUGUAUCUCUUGCUACAUGCUGUGUUUAUAGGCUUUGAUCACCAGCACCCAGAGGUCUACGAGCACUGCAAACGCCUGCUGCUUCACCUGCUCAUUGUCCAGUCUGCCAGUAGCAGUGGUCCGUCUGUGGCCAAGGUGCUUCUACAAAACAGAGACUACAAUGAUCUACGAGUUCUAACUGUGAAACCAGCAACCCCCGAGCGCAACCUUACAGUUUCUGCAGGAACUCAGGAUAUUUUGGCAGAUUUCCAGCCGUCACCAGUGACAGACUCUGGUCUCAGCAUUAGCUCCACGUCCUCCAGUAUAAGUCUCGGGGCAGGGGGUAGUACUCAGUCCCACUUAUCCCCCACACUGCUCACUGAGGCAGAUGUUACAGCUGAGCACGACGAGGUGGCCAAAGCUCUUAUUGAGUUUAUUACAUCAAGAAAGCGAGGUCCGCUCUGGAAUCAUGAAGACGUGUCGCCCAAGAACCCCAACAUUAAGAGCGCCGAGCAGCUUAGUGUUUUUGUCCGACACGUGGUGAACAUCUUCAAACAGUCGCAGACAGAUGUCCAACUGGACUCCAUGCUGAGUGAAGUGGCUCUGAGAACAGCUCUGUCCUGCUCUUCUCGCCACUACGCCGGCCGCUCCUUCCAGAUUUUCAGAGCACUUAAACAACCUUUGACUUUGGCAACGUUGUCUGACAUUCUGUCCCGUCUGGUUGAGACUGUAGGAGACCCAGGAGAGGAGGCUCAGGGUUUUGUCAUUGAGCUACUUCUGACAUUAGAAUCGUGCAUUGACACUUUAGCAGACUCCAUCAAAAACUAUGACCUCCUUUCUGCUGUAGCACAAAGCUCUACCGGUGAACACCUGCUGGGCGUAAAGUUUGCUGCCAACAGGAAAAGCACGGGCCAGCUGAACUUCAGCAGUGGUGGACUGAUCCAUUGUGUCCACGCUCGCAGCAGCUCGCUCCGGACCAGCCUGAUGGGAGAGAGGAAAGCAGACCGACAGAGGAGCAACACCCUGGACAUCACAGACCGAUUCAGCAGUAACCACGCAAACCUGCUGCGCACAAAGAGCUUAUCGUCGCUCAGCGGAGGAGGGAGUACAGGGAGAGAACCCGUCCCACCCGUCGACCCCUCCAACCUGAUGGCCACGGUGUUCUGGAUCGCUGCCUCGCUGCUGGAGUCAGACUAUGAGUUUGAGUACUUGCUGGCGCUGCGGCUCCUCAACAAGCUGCUGGGACAGCUGCCUCUCGAUCGCACAGAUAGCAGAGAGCGUCUGGAGACUGUCCAGGCCAAGCUGAAGUGGUACAACUUCCCCGGCCUGCUGCAGCUCUUCCUCAAGGGCUUCACCUCUGCCUCCACACAGGAGCUCACCAUCCACCUGCUCAGCAAGCUGAUCAGUGUGUCCAGAUAUGCUCUGAUAGACCCCACUCAAGUGACAGGUUUUCCUUUGAACAUCCUGUGCCUUCUACCYCACCUCAUCCAGCACUUUGACAACCCCACGUCUUUCUGCAAGGAGACGGCUGAUAAGAUAGCGAAAGUGUGCGCAGAUGAGAAAUCUGUCACGCUGUCCAACUUGGCCCACAUGAUGAGCUUGUACAGCACACACAGCUACUCCCGCGACUGCACCAACUGGAUCAACGUGGUCUGUCGGUACCUCAACGAUGCCUUCGCAGAGAAGACCUUAAACCUGGUCACUUACCUGGCUGAGCUGCUGGAGAAGGGCCUUCCCUCCAUGCAGCAGUCCUUGUUACAGAUCAUCUACAGCCUUCUGAGUCAUAUUGACUUAUCAGCAGCACCUGUCAAACAGUUCAAUCUAGAGAUCAUGAAGAUUAUUGGAAAAUAUGUUCAGAGCCUGCACUGGAAAGAGGCCCAGAACAUCCUGAAGCUGGUGGUGUCUCGCUCAGCCAGCCUCGUUGUACCAGACGACGUGCAGCGCUCCUACAGUUCAGAAUCUUGUGGAUCCCCAGAGAUUGCCUUCACACGCAUAUUUAACAACUCAUCCAAGGAGCUGCCUGGCAAGACUCUGGACUUCCAUUUUGACAUCUCAGAGACACCAAUUAUAGGUCAUAAAUAUGGUGACCAGCGCACUGCAGCUGGUCGAAACGGAAAGGCUCAGGUGAUCGCUGUAACAAGGAGCACCUCCUCUACAUCCUCUGGCUCCAACUCCAAUGGGCUGGUGCCAGUAAGCUGGAAGAGACCUCACCUUUCUCAGAGAAGAACCAGAGAGAGGCUGAUGAAUGUCCUGUCCUUAUGUGGUCCAGAAACUGGCAUCCCCAAAAACCCAUCUGUGAUUUUCUCAUCCAAUGAGGAUCUGGAUUCUGCAGACCAGCAGACCAGCCUCAUCCAAACCGUGGAGGAAGUGGUCAGGGAGGAGGAAGUGCAAGGAGAGGAUACGGGCAGCGAGCAGCAGUUUGGCGUCUUCAAAGACUUUGACUUCCUGGAUGUGGAGCUGGAAGAUGCUGAGGAGCUGCAGGGGGAGAGCAUGGACAACUUCAACUGGGGCGUGCGCCGUCGUUCCCUGGAUAGCAUGGACAAAGGGGGCACGCCGUCUCUGCAGGAGUGCCAGUACACAGGCAGCAGCACGCCGAGCCUCAACCUCACCAACCACGAGGACACGGACGAAUCAUCUGAGGAGGAGGUACUGAGCGCUAGCCAGAUUCUCACCCGCUCCAGUCUUCUGAACAGUGACUCCGCCACAGAGGACACAGCUUCCAACCAUGUGGACUCUUUACAGCAGUCUCAAGAAUCGUCCAGCAGCGCCAUGACCGAGGAAGCAACCGUCCUGCCCACCUUGCCUUCCCUUCCCUCACUCCCCCGCCUGGAUAGCCCCAGUUUGGAGAUGGCCCACUCAGACAGCACCAGCAGCCAGCUGCCUGAGGACGGUGCAUGCAUGACGGUUGCAGACGAGCUGAGCAGCAGCAUGAGUGAGGACACGGGGUUCUGCAGUGUCCCCACUCUGCCCUCUGAUGCACCAGAGCUUUUUGACCUCCAGGAUUCAGAGGACUCCCAAUACACUCAGGAUUCCCAAGAGGCUCAAAACCCUCAUGAGGACCUGGAUCCAGCCCCCCCUCCUCCGUUGGCCAUUGACACCCCACCAGGGUCCUUCUGUGAAGAAGAAUCCCAAAUGGUCCUGCCCCUGUGCAUGCCCAUUUCACCAGAUCCCAAGCCUGAUCCUGAUCCUGAUCCAGAUCCUGAUCCWGAUCCAGACAGCACCUGUGGCUCAGUGUGGGAGGAGGAUGUGACCCAGGCCCUGAAGGAGCUGGAUGAACGCUGUGAGGAAGAGGAGGCUGACUUCUCUGGCAUGUCCAGUCAAGAUGAAGGUGACGCUGACGGCUUCCCAGAGCUCCAGGCCUCUCCGCCCCCUUCGCCCUUCCUCUCCGCCAUCCUGGCUGCGUUCCAGCCCGCCGCCUACGACAAUGAGGAAGACGCUUGGCGUUGCCAUGUCAACCAGAUGUUGUCAGACACAGAUGGGUCCUCUGCUGUUUACACGUUCCAUGUGUUUUCUCGACUCUUUGAGAAUAUCCAGAGGAAGUUUGGCUCUAUCACACAUGCGUCUGUUCGUUUUCUGGGAGAAAGGCUUCAGCGAAUGGGCAACCAGUUCCUCAGCUCCCUUGAAGUCAUGACAUCAUGCUCACAAUGUCCAACUGUGCUGCUGGAUGCAGAGACGCUGGUCUCUUGUGGACUCCUGGAGACACUGAAGUUCAGUGUGCUGGAGCUACAGGAGCACCUGGACACGUACAACGCCAAAAGAGAGGCAGCAGAGCUCUGGCUGGAGAACUGCAGAAAAACCUUCGGGGACAAAGACAGCAGUCAGCGACCCAUUACACAUGCACAGCAAAUGGAAAAUCUAGCAGAGUUGGAGUUGUGCCGGAGACUCUAUAAGUUGCACUUUCAGCUGCUUCUGCUGUUUCAGGCCUACUGUAAGCUUAUCAGCAGAGUGGACACCAUAAAGAGAGAGGCCGAGGUAACCAACAUGUCUGAAGAACUCAGUAUCCUGGAGAGCUGCCUGAGUGCAGCAGAAACAGGAAAUGAUGGUCAGGAGGAUGUGUGUAUGCCAGACAAUGUCCAGACCAACACAGAGACGGCGAUCCAGUCUCUGAUUGAAACUCUGAGAGCUCGAGACUUCAGCUCUGCCCUCACACAAGUCAAAAUCUUCAGGUCCUUGUGGCCUAACGACAUCUUUGGCAAUGAGACGGAUAACGCCGUUCACACCCUUCUGCACAUCUACUUCCGCCACCAAACUCUGGGCCAGACGGGCUGCCUGGCGGUGGUGGGUCCCAGCAGGGACCUGUCUCAGGCAAGCAGCCGCCUCAUGGAGCUCAACCUGCAGAUCCGUGAGGCUCUGAGUCAGGCCCAGGCCUGCCAGACCCACAGCACCAUGGUCAGCACUGGAUUGUGAGCCUGUGAUGCUGCAGACUGGACCAAAGUGGACAGAAAGACCACCUGUCCUGUACACAGGCGUCAGUCAGCUGUAGAGGGUAGGGGGUCUCAUGAGGACAGGAGAGACUCCAUACAAAGGGCUAAAGGAUGCGUGGGAAUAACUGUGACUCUAUAUUAUUACCUGUAUGAAUGUUAAUAUGUUUUCCCAGACUAAGCCAACCUGUAAAAUUCAGCUGCAAUAAGUCGUGUGACGGUGUGUCUGAGGAGGAGGAGAAACAGGACGUAGUGGGACAACUUUUAUUUUUCAUUUAUUUUAGUUAAUUUGUCCCCUCGGGGUCCUGACUUGUGAGUUGGUGUUAAGCAUGCACGGCAGUCGUAUGUGUGAGGUUACACCAAGAUUCAUAAGCCAAUACAGAGAAAUCAUGUUUAAAAGAACAUUUUCAAAUGCAUGCUUGAAAGAGAGAAGCAUCGCGAAAAUAUUUUUUUGGAGAAAUGUAUUUUUAUUAGAGCUAACAUCUUAGGUUGUAAAUGUUAGGAUAUUUAACAUGUAAAGAGGACUCUUGCCUUCAGGGAGUGUAUAAAGAUAAAUCUGAUUGCUUUGAGAGAAGAGUCCUCUUCUACAGCUCAUAAGUCACUCUUUAACCAAACAAGUAGAUGCCUUUAGACUCUUGACUGUGUGAUAAAUGUUGGGAGAUCUGUUAAACGCUCACACACAAAUGCAUUUAAUUGCACAUGAGUGCAGACUAGCUACAGCUCAUUAUGGAAGCGUAACUUAUUUUACUCUGUAUAUAUUUUAGAAACUGUAUAGUGUAAAAGCAGUAUUCCCCCUCUCCCUUGUACUUUUGUGUAAUGCACUGCUCAUCCAGAAUGGGAUGCAUGUAUAAAAGCUAAUGUGAUGAGAGAGUCAAAAUCAGGUUGAGUCAUUCUGUGGUCCAUUCCAUCUAUCAUUCUGAAGCUGGGAUUUAUUUUAGCAUCAGUUUUCUGUCUUUCCAAUAGUGAUGGCAGGGAGGUGUAUGAACCUUCAUUUCCUGCUGCACCCAGCCAACCUUACCCAUAUGCAUUCCUUAUCCACUGUGAUCUUUAUCAACACAGCUUCUGUUUCGAGCCUUAGAUAAAGCUUUGUCCACACGCUCAUCCUGCCAUGUUUUGAUGUCAUGAGGGGAAAACUGCACUAAACUCUGAAAGGCCCUUCUUGCUGCUGAGACUGCAGGACAUGGACUGUUAUUACAGUUAGAGAGCACAUGGCACACUCAUCUUUCCUCAUCUGGUACAAAUGUUUCAUUUGGGAGAUGCAUUGUUUGUUUCCUUUACAUCCCAGCCUUCUCUGGAGAAAAUAAAGACUUUGAUCUUUCAA